AUGAGCAAACAACAGCAGUGUGACCUUUUAGUAACCCUGCACGAGCUUGAAUGCUUGAACCAAGGUGCGUACAGCGACGAUGUUAACACAGUACGAGCCCAGCUUCAAAAGUAUGAAACCAAAAGGCAGCUGAUCAUCGUACACCUCGACGGCACUCCCAUACCCGAACGCCGACACAUCAAGCUUUUAGGCUUCACCAUUCAAAACAACGGUGCAAGCGAUAUCGCCGUCUCCACCCUCUCCAAACAGAUAAAUCGAAUCACACACAUCCUCGGCCGUGUUUCCCGCCGCCACAUAGGCCUCAAAGAGAGCUACAUUAGACGAGCCAUCGAUGCUCUCAUCUACUCUCUCGUACUCUACCAUAUCCCCUACACCCCGCUCACUACCCGUCAACUCCAACACCUCCAGAAACAGCUCCGCAAACCCACCCGCCUUGCUCUCGGCGUGCCACAGUACGCUCCCCUAGAGCACUUGCAACAGAUGGACCCCUUCAACACAGAAGAGGAGCGAGUCGACUUGCACCAUCUGAGUCAACAGCAACGCCUAACCACGUCCCUGUAAGAUCGCUAAGUUCUCACCUCUCUCGGUUACGACACCCUGCACUUCCAUCCCAUCGAAAGAACCACACCUCCCUGGGAUACCAUACCCCAACUCACCACACUCCCCAUACCCAAACAUAUGAAUCCCGACAGCAACCCGGAACGCCGCAAGCACAGAGCCAAACUCAUAUCCCAAAAACUCGCCACACUUCAGGCACAGCAGCCCCAAAUCUACUACGCAGCCGCCAGCUACGACCGUGGCACCAAACUUGACCGCACCGCAAUUCACUGUCCCCAGACAAACACAACGCUUAGGCAAACAUACACCGAAGCGCCUUCGGCAGACCUUCUGGAGACUCAGGCGCUGUGCUCCGCCAUUCACCAUGCUAUCGCCAACCCCCACGAGGGACACACCUCCAUCACUGUCCUGACAGAUUCCCAAAAGGCAGUUCGCACAAUUCAGUACAACCAACUCCCCAACUACGUGUCGCGCGAGCUUCGAGCCGCCCUCAACACCACCCCCGCCCUUCGCUUCUACAUCUAUUGGAUCCCUGGCCACGCUCUUAUCCCAGGCAAUGAACGAGCACAUUCACUUUUCCGAGUCACUUCCACUCCGGGUCCUGCGAUUGACUGGCCUCCCAAGUAG